AUAUCGAGAACCACACAUGCCCUUUUGCCUGUCACUGCUAACGUCUUUUCGGCACGCGCCUGCCUACCUUCGUCGUCGUUCCGUCCGCUCCCGCUACAACUAGCGCGGCGCCAUGUCCGCCCACCUCCGCCUCCUCUCCGCCGCGCCGCUCCCGGCGCUCCUCCCCACCCGCCGCCUUCCCGCCGUGCCCACUCCCGCUCUCGCCGCCCGCGCGGCACGCCUCGUCCUCAGCCGCCCGCUUACCGAGCCACAGCCGCCGCGCCUCCCCCGUGGCGCCGCCGCCCGCUGCCGCGGGGUGGCCGUGGCGGGAGCGGAUGGGGAUGAGCCGGCGGCGGCGGCGGCUGGAACGGCGGGGUUGUGGGAGCAGGUGCGGGACAUCGUCGUGUUCGCUGGGCCGGCGCUGGGGCUCUGGAUCUGCGGGCCCCUCAUGAGCCUCAUCGACACCAUGGUCAUCGGCCAGACUUCCUCCCUCCAGCUCGCUGCCCUAGGGCCUGGAACGGUGUUCUGCGAUUACCUCUGCUAUAUAUUCAUGUUCCUUUCGAUCGCGACCUCCAACAUGGUGGCCACCUCCUUAGCUAAAAAGGAUGAAGAACUUGCACAGCACCAAGUAUCUAUGUUGCUGUUUGUUGCUCUUACUUGUGGUUUAGGAAUGUUUUUGUUCACCAAGCUUUUUGGGACUCAAGUGUUAACUGUGUUUACUGGAUCGGGGAACUAUGAUAUCAUUUCUGCUGCCAAUACAUAUGCACAGAUUAGAGGCUUUGCAUGGCCUGCAGUUCUGGUUGGCUUAGUUGCUCAAAGUGCUAGUCUAGGCAUGAAAGAUUCUUGGGGUCCCUUGAAGGCAUUGGCAGCUGCUAGUGUUAUCAAUGGUGUUGGGGACCUUCUUCUCUGUUCUGUAUGUGGAUAUGGAAUUGCUGGCGCUGCCUGGGCAACUAUGGUUUCACAGAUUGUUGCAGCUUUUAUGAUGAUGCAAAAUCUAAAUAAGAGAGGAUUUCGAGCUUUUUCAUUCACAAUCCCAUCAUCAAGUGAGCUUCUGCAGAUUUUUGAAAUUGCAGCUCCUGUUUUCAUAACAAUGACCUCCAAGGUAGCAUUUUACGCGUUACUUACGUAUUCUGCAACUUCUAUGGGAGCAAUAACACUUGCAGCCCACCAGGUUAUGGUUAAUGUCCUAUGCAUGUGCACUGUUUGGGGUGAGCCCCUGUCACAAACUGCACAGUCAUUCAUGCCAGAGUUGAUAUAUGGAGCUAAGUGCAAUUUGAUGAAGGCAAGGAUGCUAUUGAAAUCACUUGUCAUGAUUGGAGCAAUAACUGGAACGACUGUGGGGGCAGUAGGAACACUUGUUCCGUGGCUUUUUCCUAGUCUCUUUACUAAUGAUUUUAUGGUUGUCCAACAGAUGCAUAAAGUGCUGAUUCCAUAUUUCUGUGCAUUAUUGGUGACACCUUCAGUGCAUAGUCUUGAAGGAACAUUAUUGGCUGGAAGAGAUCUCAGGUUUUUGAGUCAAUCAAUGGGAGCAUGCUUUGGCAUUGGAACCUUUCUACUAAUGAUCAUUCGCAACAAAUUUGGUAGUUUGCCUGGAUGCUGGUGGAUACUUGUCUUGUUUCAGUGGGGUCGGUUUGGAAGUGCUUUACAACGGCUUCUUUCUCCAACGGGCAUGCUAUAUAACGAAAACUUCAAUAACCAUCAUGAUGAGUAUGUCAAGGUGAAGGCCACAUAAGAAGUAGUAUGAAUUAUAGGUUUUCCUGAGGUGACAACAAAGAUGAAAAGAGUUGCAUAAGCCCAGAAAGAUCAUUCUGCAAUCUCUGCUGAUCAGUGGCACCUCAGCUCUCAUACAGAAGCUGCACUUAGUUCAUAGUAUGAUCUUUGGAACGGAAUUCAAGACAUGAUGGCCCAGAAGAUUAGACCAGGAAAAAUCAGUAAGUUGUAGGGUAGAAUUCGUUCUCCUGUCAUGAUAUACUCCCUCCGUCCCAAAAUAUAAGCAUUUUUAACUAUAAAUAUAGACAACUGUGUGUCCAGAUUCAUAGCUAAAAAUUGUUAUAUUUUGGGACGGAGGUAGUAGUAUAUAGUUUUGUCCUAGGAAUUAUACCUGCAAGCAACAUUAUUGCUACGGUAAGGAAAUGUUUUCCACUGUCAAACACGAAGGCUGUCAAAGAGCAGUUAAUUGAGCAUACGCAGAAGAAAGCAAAAAUAGAUAAGAACAAAAAUUUCCACAUCUUUCUCCGCGAAAAGAUGUCAAUA